AUGGGGCUCCUGUGCCGCUCCAGCCUCUUGCUCUGCACGCUGCCGCUGCUGCUGCUGCAGGCCACAGGCGGCCUUGGCCUCGCCCCCCAGGCCAGAGGACAGCUCUGCCGGACGCGGCCCACGGAUCUGGUGUUUGUGGUCGACAGCUCUCGUAGCGUCCGGCCCGUGGAGUUUGAGAAGGUGAAGGUGUUCCUGUCCCAGGUCAUCGAGUCUCUGGACGUGGGGCCCAACGCCACCCGGGUGGGCGUGGUCAACUACGCCAGCGCCGUGAGGCAGGAGUUCCCGCUGCGGGCACACGGCUCCAAGGCCGCGCUGCUGCAGGCCGUGCGCCGCAUCCGGCCGCUGGCCACCGGCACCAUGACGGGCCUGGCCAUCCAGUUCGCCAUCACCAAGGCCUUGAGCGACGCCGAGGGUGGCCGCGCCACGUCCCCAGGCAUCAGCAAGGUGGUCAUCGUGGUGACGGACGGGAGGCCGCAGGACAGCGUGCGGGACGUGUCUGAGCGGGCCCGGGCCAGCGGCGUCGAGCUGUUCGCCAUCGGCGUGGGCGGCCGCGUGGACAAGGCGACGCUGCGGCAGAUCGCCAGCGAGCCGCAGGACGAGCACGUGGACUACGUGGAGAGCUACAGCGUCAUCGAGAAGCUGUCCAAGAAGUUCCGGGAGGCCUUUUGCGUGGUGUCAGACCUGUGUGCCACGGGCGAUCACGACUGUGAGCAGGUGUGCGUCAGCUCCCCGGGCUCCUACACCUGUGCCUGCCGCGACGGCUUCACGCUGAACAGCGACGGCAAGACCUGCAACGUCUGCAGUGGUGUCGGCGGCAGCUCAGCCACCGACCUGGUCUUCCUCAUCGAUGGGUCCAAGAGCGUGCGGCCCGAGAACUUUGAGCUGGUGAAGAAAUUCAUCAACCAGAUCGUGGAUACACUGGACCUGUCGGACCGGCUGGCGCAGGUGGGGCUGGUGCAGUACUCCAGCUCCGUCCGCCAGGAGUUCCCGCUGGGCCGCUUCCACACCAAGAAGGACAUCAAGGCGGCCGUGCGGAACAUGUCCUACAUGGAGAAGGGCACCAUGACCGGCGCCGCCCUCAAGUAUCUCAUCGACAAUUCCUUCACGGUCUCCAGCGGGGCCAGGCCCGGCGCCCAGAAGGUGGGCAUUGUCUUCACGGAUGGCCGGAGCCAGGACUACAUUAACGAUGCUGCCAAGAAGGCCAAAGACCUCGGCUUUAAGAUGUUUGCCGUGGGCGUGGGCAACGCGGUGGAGGACGAGCUCCGGGAGAUCGCCUCGGAGCCCGUGGCGGAGCACUACUUCUACACGGCUGACUUUAAGACCAUCACCCAGAUCGGCAAGAAGCUGCAGAAGAGGAUCUGCGUGGAGGAAGACCCGUGCGCCUGCCAGUCCAUCAUGAAGUUCCAGGCCACAGUGGACGGGCUGCUGCAGGCUCUCACCAGGAAACUGGAAGUUGUGAGUAAGCGGCUGGCUGUCUUGGAGAACAGAAUCGUCUAG